AUGAACACUAACUACUUUGCUGAAGACUACAUCCCUGGAACUACCAACAUCUUCUCAUCGUCUGAUGACUCGUCGAGCAACCACACGGGAAGACCUUUAAAGAAGAACAAGGACGGUGUAAUAUUGCUUCCACAACCUUCAGACUCCCCCAACGACCCUUUGAACUGGUCUGCUUGGAGAAAAACAUGGCAUUUUUUGGUCGUUUGUUUCAUCACCGGUCUCACUGCAGCAAUCUCCAACGAUGCUGGUGCUGCACAAGACUCCUUGAACCAAUUCUAUGGGAUUUCUUAUGAUGCCAUGAACACUGGAGCUGGUGUUCUUUUUCUAUUCAUCGGAUGGUCGUGUAUUUUUUUUGCGCCUGCCUCGUCACUUUACGGUAGGAGAAUCACAUACUUAAUCUGUCUUUUAGCUGGUACUUUGGGAUCUGUUUGGUUUGCCGUGUCGAAGAGAACUGCAGACACUAUCUGGUCCCAAGCGUUUGUUGGCAUGUCUGAAGCUUGUGCUGAAGCUCAGGCUCAGCAGUCCUUGGCAGACAUAUUCUUCCAGCAUCAAUUGGGUUCCGUGUUGACCGUUUAUAUCAUGGCAACAUCGGUAGGGUCUUUUCUUGGUCCAUUGAUUGCCCAUUUAAUCUCUGAGAGCCAGACUUUUCGAUGGGUCGGUUGGUCGGGCGCCAUCAUUACUGGCGGCACUCUUAUCGUGACAUUCUUCACCUGCGAGGAAACGGUUUUCGACAGACAGAAGUACUUCCCUGUCUACGAGUCACCUGAAGAGCAAAUUGCCAUUAUUGACGAUCCUACAAGAGAGAAAAUGUCGCUUAAAGAGAAGGAUGACGGAGAGAAUCUCACUACAACAGUCGUCUCUCGAGCAGACGGUGCUGUGGAGACUACGAGAAGAAAGCCUAGACCUGAGCAGGAUAAUAUCAUGAGAGACGAGGAAGCUGGGGUGGAGAAAGAGAAACCUAACCCCUACUGGAAGCGAAUUUCUCUUAUCACGCCGUCAGAGUACAUGGUAGGCUACGGUUUCAAGCAAUAUGUCGAAAGAUUCAUCAUUUACUUUAAAGUGUUUACUCUACCAGCGGUGUGGCUUUCGGGUAUUCUUUGGGGUUUGCAAGACGCUUACAUGACUUUUUUUCUCACCACUCAAGACACAUUUUUCUAUGAUGCUCCAUGGAAUCUCAGUGAGACAGGUGUAGCUGUCAUGAACGUGGCCACUUUGGUUGGUGCAGUAAUCGGAUGUAUUAUGUCCGGGGUCAUAUCAGACAAGCACGUUCUCUGGCUUGCAAAGCGUAACAAUGGUGUUUUCGAACCUGAGUACAGAUUAUACCUUCUAUUCUCAACCAUGAUCAUCUCUCCUGUUGGAUUAAUAAUGUUCGGUGUUGGUGCCGAUAGAUCGUGGCCUGGAUGGGUGGUCUACGGAGGUUUGGCACUCAUUGGUUUCGGGUGGGGUUCGGUUGGUGACACUGCUAUGUCUUACUUGAUGGACUGUUACCCUGAAAUCGUUAUCCAGGGGAUGGUAGGUGUUUCCAUCAUAAACAACACAUUGGCUUGUAUCUUCACGUUUGUAUGUUCCCUCUGGUUGGAUUCUGCGGGGACACAAAACACUUACAUUGCAUUGGCUGUCAUCGACUUUGUUUCUAUCGCUUUCAUUAUCCCCACCUUCUACUAUGGCAAGAAAUGGAGAAAGUGGUCGAAGGGCCUCUACGUCCAGUUGGUGGAGCUCACACAAGGAAUGGGCUAA